GGAAAACGUGCUCCGCCACGACACACGGCACGCGUGAAUUGAUCGUUCGUGCUCAAGAUUUCGGGGCUUUGUGUGUUUGUGUUGGUUGGCCGUAAAAAUUUGCGAAUAGCUACUUUGUGAGUUCAUUUUUUUCUUUCGGAGUGUUAACAAAGUGAACGAACAAAACAGAACCAUUAGAGGCGUCCGUAAGUUACCGUACCGUAGCAUGAUCGUAUUGUGUAAAUUUUUAAAGUGAUCUUCAGGCAAACAAUUAAAAUUGUCUAUUAAUACUUUCCUAAAUCGUUACGACGGUAUGAACAAUGUUCAGUUUGAUCACUGAUGUGCCAAAGUGUUGUUCAAUUUAGCCUGUGAAUAAUCGUUGGAACUACUUGGCGAUCCUCAACCAAAUGUUGUGAAAGUUAAGUGAAAUCGUUUGACGUGAUAAACGAAAUUCAUCCACCAAGACCAUCAAGGCACUUUCACCCUAAACUAUGUACCACGCACAGCAUUUGCAAACACAGCAACUACAGCCACCAAAUCAGCAGCUAACCUCGCAGCAACAGCAAGAUCAAGUGCGAUGGAAAGUUAAAACACACGAACCGUUCGCAGCUCCGAUGCACUCUCCGCAGAGUACUUCCGAAGCGUCUCGCAAGCAACCCUACCCUCGGCCACAAUAUUACGCCGAAGCCGAUUCGAUAGGAUGCGUGGAAGUGCUGGCCACCGUGUGCUCGAUCGUGCUGAUGGUCCUGACCCUGCCCAUCUCGCUGUUUCUCUGCUUCAAGGUCGUGCAGGAGUACGAGCGGGCCGUCAUCUUUCGGCUCGGUCGAUUACGUUCCGGCGGAGCACGCGGACCGGGUGUGUUCUUCGUCCUGCCCUGUAUCGACAACUACUGCAAGGUUGAUCUGCGUACCGUCUCGUUCGAUGUGCCGCCCCAGGAAGUGUUGACGCGCGAUUCCGUCACCGUGUCGGUUGAUGCCGUCGUGUACUACCGCAUUCGCGAUCCGCUUAAUGCCGUCGUGCAGGUUGCUAACUACAGCCAUUCGACGCGGUUGCUAGCGGCUACCACCCUUCGCAAUGUGCUCGGUACGCGAAAUUUGUCCGAGUUGCUGACGGAGCGUGAAGCCAUCUCACACUCGAUGCAGGUCACGCUGGAUGAGGCUACCGAUCCUUGGGGUGUACAGGUAGAGCGUGUUGAAAUUAAGGACGUCUCCCUGCCGGACUCUCUGCAACGCUCGAUGGCAGCGGAAGCUGAGGCGGCUCGUGAAGCCCGUGCCAAGGUGAUCGCCGCGGAAGGUGAAAUGAAAUCGUCCCGCGCCCUCAAGGAAGCAUCCGACAUCAUGUGCGAAAGUCCGGCCGCCCUUCAGCUACGCUAUCUCCAAACACUUAGCAGCAUCGCAGGGGAGAAAAAUUCCACGAUCGUGUUUCCGCUUCCGAUUGAACUGAUCGGUCCGUUGAUGAACUUUACGUCCUCGUUGGGCGUGCAGCGUACCACUGCCCCGCUAGUGCAGCAGCAGGCACAGGGUGUGCGGUCUACGACCACCAGCACAUCGUCACCGUCGGCCGAUCCGGGCCCGCAACCGCCAUCCGAGUAGCAGCAACUUCCGCGAGUACAUUUGCAACGACGCCACCAUCACCAGCACCGGCGGCAUCACCAGCAGCGGCUUGGGGUGUACCGGUACCGGGAGCCGGGCCCAUCAUCCGGUGACCGUAAGAUCGGACCCAGCGUCAUUGGAUCCGCUUCAUCUUACUCCCUAUCCUCGGCGGAAGAUUCAGCCCUGUGCUCUCCCACCAACCGUUUGGCACGAUUUAUUCUAGAUCUGUAAGGGAAGUUGGGAAGAUCUUAACAUUAGACCUUUUACUAUGCUAGAACCAAAACACCCAAACGGAAGGUUGGCGAGAACUAGCAGCAUACAUAACGAACGCGAUAAACUCCAUACAUCCAUGCUCCUCCAUCCAGGAAUGUCGAACGAGCCACAAUCAAACGAUAUGCUAGUUGUUGAUGUUUAACAGUGUUAUCAGUUGUCAUUACAUUAUCUUUUUUCAAUGUGUUUUAACGUACCGAACAUGAUUGUAAAUAAAGCCGUAUUCGUACUAAACAAAA